GCCCCGAGCGGCCCCUUGACUCUCCUCGCGCUUCCCGGGCAGCUCCCGCACGCUGCGGGGUGUUGUGACAGCGGACGGAGCCACGGCCGCGCUGCAACGGCCGCCACAGGGACUGAGGUGUCUAAGCGUUAUACGCCGCUGUGACUGGCACCGCCGUGGCCUCUGUGCUGGGAGCUGCAGCUGUGUUAGUCCAGACAUCCCCUCCCUGCAGCUGCCCCGACCCGGCUCCUGGCUGAGGGCGGUGUGCCGGGAACUCCCGUUCUCAGGGCUUCAGAGCACGUGGGUGGCUUUGCUGAACAGCUUCACACAGAUUGCAGUUCGGAGCCGUGGAGAAUUCACAGCCCUUCCACAAUGGGAGAAAGGACAGACUAUGCUAAGUCUCAUAGCUCACUGGCUGAAUACAGCCCCGUCAGUAAAUCAGACAAGACAGAUCCAAAUGACCACUCUGAAAUACAGGAUGGAAACCAAAACACAAUGCAAUUAAAGAAAGAAAUAUCUUUGCUAAAUGGGAUAAGCCUGAUAGUAGGCAACAUGAUCGGUUCAGGUAUCUUUGUCUCACCCAAAGGAGUUCUCAUCUACAGCAAAUCUUAUGGAUUGUCUCUAGUCAUUUGGGCAAUUGGAGGGAUUUUUUCAGUCUUUGGAGCUCUCUGCUAUGCUGAACUUGGAACCACUAUUACAAAAUCAGGAGCCAGUUAUGCGUACAUCUUGGAGUCUUUUGGGAGCUUCAUUGCUUUUAUUCGUUUGUGGACCUCACUUCUAAUUGUUGAACCAACUAGUCAGGCUGUUAUUGCAAUCACCUUUGCUAACUACAUAGUUCAGCCUUUCUUCCCAUCUUGUGAUCCUCCAUAUAUUGCUUGUCGUCUCAUAGCAGCUGCUUGUGAGUGUCUUCUAACAUUUGUAAAUUGUGCCUAUGUAAAAUGGGGAACGCGGGUGCAGGAUAUAUUCACUUAUGCUAAAGUUGCUGCUCUUAUUGCCAUCAUCAUAACUGGAAUUGUUAAAAUAUGCCAGGGAUAUUCGUCACACUUUCAAAACUCUUUUGAGGGAUCUUCUGUUGAUGUCGGAGACAUUUCCCUCGCUCUCUACUCUGCCUUGUUCUCUUAUUCUGGUUGGGAUACACUCAAUUUUGUGACCGAAGAGAUCAAAAACCCAGAAAGGAACUUACCACUGGCUAUUGCUGUGUCUAUGCCAAUUGUGACUUUCAUCUACAUUAUGACCAAUGUAGCUUACUAUACAGUGCUGGAUGUUCAGGCUGUUCUCUCUAGUGAUGCUGUGGCAGUGACAUUUGCUGACGAGGUGUUUGGUAUCUUCAGUUGGACAAUUCCAAUUGCUGUAGCCUUCUCUUGUUUUGGUGGACUUAAUGCCUCAAUUCUAGCCUCAUCAAGGCUGUUUUUUGUAGGCUCUCGAGAAGGUCACCUUCCUGAUCUGUUAUCUAUGAUCCAUAUAGAGAGGUUCACACCUGUGCCAGCACUGCUCUUCAAUUGUGCUAUGACCCUAAUUUACCUGGCUGUGCAAGAUGUCUUCAAGCUUAUUAAUUACUUCAGUUUCAGUUACUGGUUUUUUGUUGGUCUGUCUAUUGCUGGUCAAUUAUAUCUACGUUGGAAGGAACCAAAUCGACCCAGGCCACUUAAGCUCAGUGUGGUUUUCCCAAUAAUAUUCUGCAUAUGCUCAGUAUUUCUCGUGGUUGUGCCACUUUAUAGUGACACCAUAAAUUCGCUGAUCGGAAUUGCCAUUGCUUUAUCUGGGAUUCCAGUCUUUUUCCUGGGAGUCUAUUUACCUGCAUCAAGGAGACCUCGGUUUAUCAACAAGAUUUUAGAUGUAGUCACACGAAACAUGCAGCUGCUCUGUUGCUGUGUUUUAACGGAGAUGGACACAAAUGAAGAAAAGAAACUAGAAAACAAAUCUAACUAAAAUUUGAAAGCCACUGUAAGAACAGGAAGGAGAGUAAAGUGAUUACAGCAGUGAAAGGGAAUAAACGGAACUGGGAAAAGUGGGAAAACUGUUUCUACUCAUCGCUCAGAGUACUUGCAGUUAGAGUCCUGCGUAGACCAUGCCCUCACGUCAUCUGCUUGCACUGAGAUGUAUUUUCAGGGCAGGUUUUUAUUGGAUAAUUAUUACCUACUCAUUUCAGGUACAAAAGCUAUGCGUAAAUACUCUUCAUUCUGAAUUUUCUUCAGAAAUGCUAGUAAAAUGGUAAGAGCUAAUGGAUCAAAUGAGAUUUCUGCAGAACCUGCAAGUGAAGUAAUGCAUUUUUAACUGAACUGAAAAUCACUUUGAGUCAAAGGACCGGAAGCCAUUUCCAACUUAUGAUGGAAGUUUGCAUGAAAUGAUUUGCUGUGCCAUCUCAGUUCUUAUCCCAGAAGACAACUGGCCACAUCACACCAUGAAUUUUGUCAUUACUAGCAGAAAAAUGAAUCAAAUUGUGCUACUAUGUUUAAAGACUUCUAUCCCUUCAAGAGAAACUUACUGUUUCCAUACGCUACAUGGAAAUGUGGUAUCUAUCUGUGGCAAGAAUUUAAUCAACAAAGCAACCUUUCAAAUGAUACAGAUUCCUUGAUGCUGAAGAUUUGAUUUAGGAUUCAAUGAUUGUUUUCUUUCUUUCCUGUCAGGUUGUUAGUAGAGUCAUCUACACGGUUAUAAAGAACUUUAAUAAUUAAAAUGUUCAGUCUGAAGCUUGUAA